AUGAUGUUCAGUGGAUAUGGUGAUGCAGACGCACUUGAAGAUGAUCUCUAUUCCGAAGGGACUUCCAGUGAAACAAGUAUUGACAGUGAAGUAGAAUUCCAUCUGUACAGUCAAGUCCAUUAUGCACAAGACCUUGGGGGUGUCAGCGAACAAGACAAUGAGGAUGUCAAAGGACAAGAAGAAGUUGAAUCCCUGAAGAUACAGAAGUCAGUGAAUCAACAAGACCAGAGAAAUAACUUGAUUGUAAUUUCAGAUAGUGAUAUUAACAUUUCAGAUAGCCCAGAUGUCAUAACAUUGUCUGAUACUCCUGAUGAAGAUAGCAUUUAUGAAAGUAAGCUCCAGAAGCUAACAGCAUCAGUGUCUCCAACAUUAAGUAAAUUCAACAAGACUGCAUAUUGUGCUAAAAAAUCUAUUGAACACCCUUCCCAGAUUAUCCUGAAAUCUAAGGGACGUUUUACAGUAAAUUCAAGUAAAGAGGGAAAAGCUGAUCAAAAGGCAAUCUCCUUUAACCAGGAUGAUGUUCCCAUGAUCCAUAGGGUUUUAGUAACUGAGGACAGCUCCAGCAAUGAUGAUGCAAUUGAUGUGUCAAGUAUAGCCUCUGAAAGUGAUAAUGUGGAGAGCUGGAUGCUGCUGGGAGGUGUCAGAGAUGACAAAGAUGAUGAUAUCCUGUUAAACCUUGAAGGAUGUGGAACUUCUGUCAGUGAAGGAGAAGAUAGAACAGGAUGGAUCAUCAGUAAUAAAGACUUACAGGCACAGAUUGAUAAUUAUGUUUCAGUGCGACAUAACAACAGAUAUUACACGGCCGACAAAAAUGUCGCUUGCAGAAAUUGUGAUAAACGAGGUCAUUUAUCAAAAAAUUGUCCUGCCCCAAAGAAAAUUCCACCCUGUUGUCUUUGUGCACAGAGAGGUCAUCUACAAAACAGCUGUCCAGCACGAUUUUGUUUAAAUUGUUGUUUGCCAGGACACUGCUCUAGAGAGUGCCCUGAGAGAAUGUACUGGAAAAAGCAUUGUAACCGCUGUGAUAUGAGAGGUCAUUAUGCAGAUGCUUGCCCAGAAAUAUGGAGGCAGUAUCACCUAACAACUCGGCCAGGACCACUCAAGAAGGCUAACCCUUAUUCUGUGCAACCUGCCUCAGUGUACUGUUACAACUGUGCAGAGAAAGGCCAUUAUGGAUUUGAAUGCUCAGAGAAGCGAAUGUUUGGAGGAAUGUUUCCUACCUUUCCCUUUAUCUAUUACUAUGAUAAUGAAUAUGAUAUCAAGAGGAGUACUCAGAGAGCAAAGAAAAAAGUGCAAGAACUUCAGGAAGCUGGCCUUCUACCAAAGACUCUAAAAAGACCACAUAAUGACUGUGAUUGGGAAGAGCACAAACAUAAGAAAAACAGGAAAGCUUUGAAGGAACAUGGCAAGAGGGGGGAUAAAUACCAUAAAAACCUGAAGAAAAAGUCUCAUGCAGAUCUGUUCAGAGAAAGGAAGCCUAAGAAGGAAGUUCAGAGCAACCCUAACACAGAAGAGUGCUUUCCUAGAGGUGGCCACAAGAACGCCCAUGAGAGAUGCAGAAGGAAAACUCCUGUGCAUCAAAGCACUGGCUUUCUGACAGAGGGCAGAACUGGAAUUCAUCACAUUUCUAUGGAACCAGGAAAAAGGCAGAAGAAAAAGAAAAAGCAGAGGAGCUACACAAGCAAUAAUUGCAUCAGGGAUGAAAGUCUAUUUCUUAUCAAACAGAAGAAAAAGAAAUCGACACCAAAAGCCAGCUUGAUCUGAGGCGGAGCUUUAUUCCUUCCCCAAGAGGGAGCACAAACCAAUCAAAAUGCGCACUGGGCUGUCACAGCACAGAGCGCAUACCAGUACCAUUCCAUAAGGACAACAUCUUGGUUUGUAGUGACAAGUUAUUUAUGCAUCAGAGUUGCUAGGGGUUUUUACAGUUUCUGUAUCUGGAUGGUAUAUAGGGCUGGGGAUAGGGAGUGACAAGAUGAAAGCAAUUUUAAAAAACAAACAAACACACAUUUCCUCAGUUGCGUACACUCUUUUUAUAAAUCCACAUAUUAAAAUACUUCUGCUUAAUGCAUAUAGUUCAUUAGCAUGCAAACUCUGAAGAAACAUUAGACAAGUUGACAGGUGGCCUGGGUAUGGAUAUGAAAACAAAUGGAGGUAGCCACUUUGCCUGGUCAAUAGGAAGGACAAAAUCAGGCAGCACAAGUGAUUGUGUUUACAGGGCUUAGGGGAGAGAAGCAAUUUCCUGUUUCCUCUGCUGAUAGUUUUGUAAAAUGUAUGGAAUGAAUUUAAGAAACAGGGAGGGAUGUUGUACAAGAAUUGUUUUUUGCAUCCUAAUUUAUUUUCCUGACAAGAAUGUUUCAUGAUGUGGCCGUCUUAUGCUGCAUCCUCUGCCUGAGAUACGAUUCUCUUCAGUUUGUCAUAGACUUAGCACCGUAAUUCGACUUGACAGGCCAGGUAAGUCUUUGUUUAAGUGAGGAAGCUUAAAUUGCAUUGAAGUCCAAUUUUUAAAGAAUAUAAUCAUGUAUGACUUUUUCAUGUUUCUGAGAAAUAAAUUAUUUUAUAAUCCAUUUUAUUAAAGUGAGGUAUUUUUGUACUUUGAAUUGCAAUUCAACUAGUAUGACUAAAAACCAUUGCAAUAUCCAUGGGGAAAGUGACCAUUUUGAUGCCUUCUUUUUUCUUUUUGAAAAUCGUGUACCUAUCAUUUUCCUUCUUUAACACUGUCAACUCAUGUGACCUCCAGCGAGACUUCAGCUUCCCAAACAUGCUGCUUUUUUCACUCUUGUUAAUUUCUAUGUAAAAAGAUGUAUUUUACAUAGAGGAUUGGUUAUUAAACAUUAACCUGUUAUUUU